CCGGAUGUUCCCUCUGUGUAGGGGAAAGCGGCCAUGUCGAGGCACUCACUCGUUCGGAAUGUGUUGAUUUUAAUCCUACAGUAACUUUGGGGUCGUAUUUCGCUUAUUGGUACAAAUUAUACGGUAGACUACUUGUAGAAUAAAGAAAAGGGGGGUUUGCGUCAGAAACACGAGACUGUUUUCAGUUAUCCAUCCAAUAUUCUUGCUGGAAAAUUGUUUUCUUUCUGACAGUGGGAGGAACUUGUUAACCGGUGUCAGGGGUUUCCUUUGGCAGUGACGUAUCAAGAACAGCAGCAGGCACUGCUGUUUUGUAACCAACCAGCAUCUUAGUCAAUCUGAAACGCUAGCUAAUGUUAGCCAGCUAGAUUGUUCAUGUGCGGUUACAGAAAUAACAAAUAUCUAAAGAGCAAGCGCAACUUUGUUUUGCUUACAUGUAGUUUAACAGACAAUGCACUAUUAUAAUGAUCGAUUCAAAUGGGGGGUUUAAAGAAAAUCUAAUAACGUUUUAGAGAAUCUGCCGGAGUAAAGUUGAAGUGUAUUCGAUGGCUAGAGCUAGCUACUUCCUUAUCGAACUGAAAUGGGAUGGCAGCGAACAAGAAGUUUAUGAACUGAGAGUCGUGUUAUUUACGAUAUGAUUUUCCCCACCUGCUGGAGAUUUUACUUUUGAUGUUAGCAAAUUAAAUGAAUAAAACUGUUUUCUUAAGAAGGAGUAUGAGACUUACUUGCUAACGUUAGAUACCAAUGUAUUAAAAGGACCGUGGAUUUACACGCACCUUCGGCUAUCGCUACCUAGCAAACUGUUGGUUGGGUAGCAAGGGAGCAAAGCUAAUUAAUUUUUCGAACUACCUGCACCGUGUUGGUAGCAAGUUAGUUAAUGUAACCGGAUAGCUAGCUAAUUACUUUUUGUCAUGUUUUCUUUUUUCAGGGAAUGGGAAUGUCGGAAUUGUAGUUAGCUAGGUAACUUAGUAGCUAGCUAGUUAGCGGAUUAGUUACUGUGCAUACGAUGGCCCAUCAACCGGCGUAGCUAAUAUGUCUGUUCGAAAAGUAUAGCUUAGUUGGCAGGUUUAGCUAGUUAGCCAACGUUAGUUCCAAUGUAGUUUUGUUUAGUUUACCUGGGGAUACAACCAAUAAUACAGAAAUAUAGCUAUCUGGAUACUUGGAUUCGGCUGACUGAUAAAUGCCGAAUUCGGAGGCGGUCCAAGAGGUUCGAGGAAGGAGCCCUUCAGAGCAGAGAAAUGCCAAACAGGACAUGACAAGUAAACCUGGUAGCGGUGCAUUAUCUCAGGGCGAGAAACAGCGGGAUAAGAGGCGGUCGUCGUCCUCUCGGCGAAGGAAACACAGGCACGACAGGAAGAGAUCGCAGCAAAAUAUAUCUGAAGAUUUCAAUUGUGAACAGAGCGUCUCUGAAAGAGAUGGUGAACUUAGAACUUUAGUGGAAUACGAUGAUGUAAGUUCGCAGUCGGAGCGGUUCUCCGGGAGCCCCUCUCCAAAACCCGACCCGCAUACCCAAAGACUUCUACAGCGUCUGAGCGAAAAUGAGUUCGUGGACUGCAGCGGUCCUGCAUCGCCGGGAAGAAAAUCGAGGAAAGAGUGGCACUCCUCGCCCAGGAGAGACUUGCCAAGCAGCCGAUCGGCCGAAAGGAAUAGAAAUGAAAAGGAACGCAAAAGAAAGGACAAUCACAGCCGGGAGAGAGACUCCUCUUGCAAGUCACGGAGUGGUAGCAGCGGCUACAAGCACAGCAGAGACGGCGUGCGGAAUAGCGACAGUAACGGGAAGAAGACAACCCUGGUAACGUCAACCAUGACGUCGUUAGUUAAAAAGGAGUCCAAACAGCACAAAAUUAGAAUGAGAUCAGAAAAAGACCCACCAUCGGCAUAUAGAGAUACCCCAAAAGCUUACAGAGAAGAGCGUGAUGAGCCCAGGGCCUACAGAAGUAGCCCUGGACAUAAGGAAGAAAGUCCGUAUGGAACUUUUUAUUCUCAUAACUAUAGCCACCACCAGUCCCCUGGCGCUGGUUAUAACCAAUCCACAUCCAGUUAUGGGAACAAGAGACGCUCCCCAAGUCCGGCGUACUACGGCCGAGAUGUUGAGUCUUAUAGCGCCUAUAACCGCUCCAAGUCGCCCGGCUCAUAUUCGAUUAACAAAAGACAGAGGUCUCCCACGAGUCCGUACAACAGGCGCAAGUCCCCCAGCUACGGCCGACAGAGCCCUUAUGAACCAGGAGAAAUUACUUCCAGUCCAUACGGUAGUCGAAGGCGAUCAAGAAGUCCGUACCGAAAGUCAUUCAGCCCGAGUCCAAGGCAAGCCGGGAAGUCCCGCAGCCGCAGCCCGUACCCCUCGCGGCACUCCCACUCGCGCAGUCGCCCCUCCAGCCUCUCCCCCAGCACCCUGACGCUGAAGAGCAGCCUGGCUGCGGAGCUGAGCAAGCAGAAGAAGGCCAAGGCGGCCGAGGCCGCUGCCCGGGCCAAGAGCUCCAGCAACGCCUCCACGCCCACGAAGGGAUCUUCCUCCAGCGGCGCCCCCCAGCCGAGCCCCAGCCCCGGCCAUGCCGUCAAGAAGUCCCGGCCCCCAUCCCCGCCUCCGACCGAAAAGGGGCCAAGGACCCCCGUGUCCAGCCGGCCUCAGUCCCCCGUCGACUGCCCCCCCAAGCGAACGGCGCCGCUCCCCCAGCCCAGCAAAGAGAACAAGGGGAGGGAUGACUCAUCCUCCCAGCAACUCAAGGACAAGAGGAAGCCCUCUGCUCAGACACAGGGGAAGGACAAAGAGCGCUCCACUGACUCACCCGUCCAUACACUGGCCUCCCUGCCCAUGCCCCAAGCCCUCCUUGAGCACCUGGAUGGACCGGACAGCUUGAAGGACUGCCUGCCGCCACGCACGGGGAAGAAGGCGGCGGACCAGAAGCCCCGGCAGCUCCUCAGCGACCUGCCCCUGCCCCCCGAGCUACCGGGCGGCGACUCCAGCUCUCCUCGAAGCUCCCCGGAAGACAGGAAAACCCUCGGACUCCGCCAUAGGCCCAAGAUAUGUGGACCUCGGUUUGGUGAAAUCAAAGAGAUGGAGAUUGACUGGGGAAAGCGCUGUGUGGACAAGUUUGAGAUCAUUGGGAUCACGGGCGAAGGCACCUACGGCCAGGUGUACAAGGCUAAAGACAAAGACACCGCGGAAAUGGUGGCCUUGAAGAAAGUUCGGCUGGAUAACGAGAAGGAAGGCUUUCCCAUCACAGCCAUCCGCGAGAUCAAGAUCUUGAGACAGCUCAACCACAAGAGCAUCAUCAACAUGAAGGAGAUUGUCACUGACAAGGAGGAUGCUGUUGACUUCAGGAAUGAUAAGGGUGCAUUCUAUCUGGUGUUUGAAUACAUGGACCAUGACCUGAUGGGGCUUUUGGAGUCUGGCCUGGUCCACUUCAAUGAGAGCCACAUCAAGUCCUUCAUGCGGCAACUGCUGGAGGGCCUGGACUACUGCCACAAGAAGAACUUCCUGCAUAGAGACAUCAAGUGCUCCAAUAUUCUGCUCAAUAACAAGGGGCAGAUUAAGCUUGCAGAUUUUGGCCUGGCGCGACUCUAUAACUCUGAAGAAAGUCGUCCCUACACUAAUAAGGUGAUCACACUGUGGUACCGGCCGCCAGAGCUGCUGCUGGGGGAGGAGAGGUACACGUCUGCCAUAGACGUCUGGAGUUGUGGUUGCAUUCUGGGAGAACUGUUUACAAAGAAGCCUAUCUUUCAGGCCAACCAGGAACUUGCCCAGUUGGAGCUCAUUAGCCGAAUCUGUGGAAGCCCCAGCCCUGCCGUGUGGCCGGACGUGAUCAAGCUGCCGUACUUCAACACCAUGAAACCAAAGAAACCGUAUCGAAGACGGUUACGGGAAGAGUUUGCGUUCAUACCCCCAGCAGCCCUGGAUUUGUUUGACCACAUGCUGGCGUUGGACCCCAGCAAGCGCUGCAUGGCCGAGCAAGCUCUCAACAGCGACUUCCUCAAAGACGUGGACCCAGCCAAGAUGCCAACACCAGACCUCCCCCUGUGGCAGGACUGUCACGAACUGUGGAGCAAGAAGAGGCGCCGCCAGAGGCAGGCGCCCGAACAGCCGGCCCCGCCCAAGGCCCCCCGUAAAGAGCUGGGGCCGGAUGACAGCCGCGGCGGCACCCCCCAAGGCCUCCCCGCCCCGGGCCAGCACAAGCCCCCGAGCAACGCCGCCUCCGCGCUGCUGGACUCGAAAGCCUCCGGCUCCCAGCUGACGCAGGAGCAGCUGACCGUACUGCUCAACCUGCUCCGGUCCAAGAGCUCGGUCAACAUGGCGCAGCUCGCCCAGGUCAUGAACAUCAGGAUGAACCCUGAGACCCUGCAGCAGCUCACCAAGGUUUCGAUGCCUGCCAGUGUCCUGACCGAGCCCCCCGCCCCACCAGAGCCCCCAAAACCCCCCCAGCCGGGGGGCGCGCCCCGCACCCCUCCCCUGCCCGGCAAACUGGAAGGGGAGGGGGCGUCCGUGGUGACGCAGGGCGCCUUCACUGCGCUCAUGGCUCAGCUGCUCAAGGUCCAGCAGAUGCAGAGGAAGGAACCCGGCACCGACGGGGAUGGGGGGGAUGGAGCUGCUCCCCCUGUGGUCGGGGCGGGUGGCUCGGAACAGUUCUCGGAGGCACGGCAGCCUCCAAAACCCAGCCCCGUCUCGCCAGCCUCUGAGGGCGGUGGUAUGUCCGAUCCCCCACUGCCUCCCGACACGUUGGAUCUCCCGCACAUCCUCCCUCCGGACCAGAGACCCCCCGAGCCCCCGGAGCCCCCACCGCCUGCCUGCGAAGACCUGGACUACCGCCAGGCAGCCAGUGCCGACAGCGGGGGCAGGGCAGGCCUGACGCCGCCCAUCGGCGGCGAGACGGACGGUGACGGGGGACAGGCACCCGAGCCCGAUUACCCGCCUCCCCCGCCCCCUCCUCAGCCCGCUCAGCCCGAGGGGCCCAACUACGGCAACGACUACGCCAGAGACAGCAGCUACCCCCCGUUUCCCCCUCCCUUCCCCUCCUCAGGUUACCCCGGCGACUGCUUUGGAGCGAGCUAUCUGGGCGGGAUGCUGGGGGGAGGGCUCCCCGCCCAUUCCCUGAGGGAGAUGUUCAGCCACACGCCCCCGCCGCCCUCCUCGUCCACGGCCCGCCCGCACACCCCUGGUUACCAGGAGCCUUACCCGCACGGCGGGCCGGUGGCUACCAGGGGGGCCGUGGGGUCCGGCCUGGUGUUCAGUGGCGACAAGGACCACCGCUUCGAGUACAAUCACAGCCCCCUGCCCGUGGAGGGCCACCCGCACGCCGCCAGCAUCCACGCCUAUAACCAUGGCCUGAGCCGGCAGGACGGCCUGCCCCCUCCCCUGCAUCCCCCUCCGGGUCAGGGGUGGGGCUCUCCCUCGCAGCCCAUGGUGCCCCCUUUCCCCCCUGGGUUCAUGCCGCACAUGAACACAGCGGCAAUCAGGGGUCGAGGCCUACCCUUUUGAGGAGGGGGGCAGGGGGGGCAGAAACCAGUAAUGGAAGACUUGAAACGACACAAGUUUAACCUUCUCAGGCCCUGACUAAUGGGGGAAAAAGAGCAGACUUGAUUUGUAAUAAUUAAAAAAUUGUUGAGUCAAAACAUUUUUUCCCUGUUUGGGAAUGGCAGACAGUGAACAGGGGAAGGGGGUAAUUGGGGAUUGAGGGCUUUUCCUAUGCUUACCCACUUGUUUUAAUCUGUUCUACUGCUGUCUUCAAUUAAUAUCAGACCUGUUCUGAGUACGUUUAACAUGCCAGGUAAUUGUAUCUGUACUUGAGCCUCUUCCUCAGUUGCCUGUGGGCAGACUAGUAUUAAAAGAUUUUCCACUGCUGAAUAUAGUGGUCAAAAUCUGAUUAGGGGUUAAAUUUAUGAGCCAUCUACGUGCAGAUUUAGCCUGUGCUAUUGAUUUGAACCAAUUUUAUUUUAACACCAGGAAAGAUUGGUUGACUGGUUUUCUCUCUGGAGAAUUUUUUAAAGGACUGUUGGUUUCAGAAAAACCUUUACUGGAAGUUACAGAACAGAGUUGUCUUGCCUAUUACUGUUGUAAUUGAUGGCAAGUAAAAAGAAAAAAAAAACUAAUCCAAAUUCAAGGAGAUUGACAGCAAUGUCUUUUUGUACAUUGAAUUUUCUUUCUCGCAAAUGUUUAAUAAAGAAAUGCAAAUUAAAA